CGGGCUGGUGCCAUGUGCAGGCGGGCGAGCUGCUGCCUCCUGCUGGCCUUCCCGCUUGCCACUGGAUCACCCUGGGGCCCGAGCGGGCCGCGGCUCGCUCCUGCACCGCCCGUGCCGCAGCCGCAGUGCUUCGACACCUCGCCCGCCGCCAAGCUGCGCGGCGGGUCUAUAGCCGGCACGUGCGAGAGCGCAGCGCUCCGCGAAGUGAAGGAGUGGCACCCGGUGCUGCUUGCGCUGCUGGGGACCUCCUUCGGCUGGUUCAUGACCGCGCUCGGCGCCGCCGCCGUCAUCAUCAAGCGGCUCGGCCUGCCGGAGCCGCUCUUCCGGAAGGUGCUCGACUUCUUCCUCGGUGUCUCUGGCGGCGUGAUGACGGCCGCGUCGUACUGGUCGCUGCUCGCGCCGGCGCUCGACUUUGCCGAGCAGCAGGGCUGGGAGGAGGGCUGGGCGGCGAUGCCGGUCGCGCUCGGCUUUGUGUCUGGCGGCGCGCUGCUGCAGCUGACCGACCUGCUGAUGAGCAACCUGCACGAGUCGCUGGAGGACCUCUCGCUCUACAAGAACGUCGCAACCUCGGAGGGGUCGGCGACGCGGUCGCAGCGGCUGCGCCGCCUGCUGCUGCUCAUCAUCGCCAUCACAAUCCACAACUUCCCAGAGGGCAUGGCGGUCGGCGUCGCGUUUGGGGCGCUCGGGUCGGCCCCGGGCGCGACGUUUGGCAAGGCGGUCUCGCUCGCCAUCGGGAUCGGGAUCCAGAACUUCCCCGAGGGGAUGGCGGUCUCGAUGCCGCUCAUGCGCGAAGGCAUCUCCCCGCUGCAGGCCUUUUGGUACGGCCAGCUGUCCGGGCUGGUGGAGCCGAUCGGGGGCGUGCUCGGCGCCGCGUUUGUGCAGUACUGCAAGCCGAUGCUCCCUUUCACCAUGUCCCUCGCCGCUGGCGCGAUGAUCUUCGUGGUCGCCGACUCGCUCGUCCCCGAGAUGCAGGCGCACGGCAACAAGGCCAUCGCGAUGCAGGGGCUGAUGCUCGGCUUCGUCUUCAUGAUGGUCCUCGACGUCACGCUCGGCUGACCGAACGCCAGCGCCGCUCACCCGCCGCUCACCCUGCCACUGCGCAGACACCACCGAGGUCGCAGCUAGUGGGCGCACACACCUCCUCGAGGAGAUGGGGCGGAUCAGGCGCGCACACCGCUCGUGCGCCCGCAACGCAACCGUCCGUGUACAGCCGCUCCGGUACUAUUGUGGGCGUCGUCCCAGACAUUGCGAAGUGUUUGUGCGGGUCGAACCUAU